UUCAAACAUGUCAUUAACAAAUAGGUCCAAAUUCUAGUGCAAAAAAACAUAAAAAACCCAAAUAUGGCAGAUGAUGAGCCCGAAGAGCAAACCGAAGUGGAAACCAAGGAUAAGGCAGAGGAGGCAAAAACCGAAUCGGCAAUAAUUUAUAAAAAAGAGACUAGAGAAAGAAAAAGCUAUGGCGUGAGCAGGGUCCAGGUUAUGCCUGGACUUGCCGCAGAUUAUUCUACAUCAUACGAUGAAGAAAUAAAUUAUACACCAUUUGUGCCGACUUUAUCAGAAGACAUAUUUAUUUAUAUACCCAUGACGUAUGUGUUCAGAAUUCCACAGUUCAAUGUGAAAAAAAAAGUUAAGAAUCUAAAUGCUAAAUCACCUCCAUUUCAUAUUUUAUUUGACCACUGUGUAGCAGUUAUGUGGGUUUUACUGAGCGAUGGAAGCUUCGAGUGUCCAAUGGGCAUAUCGCAGUUACAAUGGGCUUACAACUUCCUUAAAACUAUAAGACUGAGCAAUGGACUGCAUUCAGAUGAUACAAGGAUUAUGCUGCAAACAAUUUCGGAACUCUUAAGAAAAGCAUACGCCAUGUUAAGUCCCGAACUUAACACCAUUGAAAACGCGAACAAAAACAUUAACUAUUACGAUGUGUUUGGCACGGUGGAAGACAUAGAGAAGAAACCGAUAUCGGUGAGCUACGAGGAAAUGAAAAAACGCGGCGACGAUGUCAUAACUGUGAAUCGAGCUACUGCAGAACCACCUCUUAGUGAGGAAGAGUUGAGGCAGAAGAUCGAUCAAUUAAUUGAAGACAUGGAGGACUUUGAGCAUUUGGAGCAAGAAAGGAGGGAAAAAUUGAUUAAGGACUUCAUCAAAUACAAGGAUCAAAUACAGAAACGCUGUGAGGAACAAAUGGAGACACUGUUAGCCAUUCAGAGCAUCAUGAAGGAAGUUAGUCCUGAAUUGUUCCCCGAAGAUCCUCCUAAUCCUUGCAAAAUGGAGGAAGAGAACUAAAUGAUGUAAAAUUUUAAUUGCAUUUACUUUCUAAACUUUGUCUCAUUUGCUUUUAUGUAUUUUAUUUCUCGCAAAC